AUGAAAGAGUUAGUGGACAAUGAAAAUCGAUAUUCAGAUGAUGUACGGUUUUCAUACGAUAAUCUCAGCAGAAAGGUUACGGUUCAUUUGAAAAACAACGUAGAAGUUUCGCUAAAUGAUAUGGCCUAUAUCCUGGGGUUCACUCCCAAACAAAUUAUUUCAAAGACCACUAAGGGGGACAGACAGGUGGAUUUGGAAUACGGCUUUCACGAUCUUUUCGUUUACUGUGAACUUAGUCAGUCACAAUAUGUUCGCGAUGUACUGGUCCCUUUGCUUCGAAUUGUUCCUGUAGAAGGAGAGGUUGGUCAGCGAGUCGACAGUAAAUCGUUUGUGUGCCCUCAAUAUGUACCUGUCAGCAGAAAGCAAUUUGAAACCAUCGAAGUCAAUAUAAAGCGAGACACAGGGGAAUCUGUGCCAUUUGAGUUUGGAAGAGUGUUGUUAACACUUCAUUUUCGUCAGAGUCAACCUCAGUACUUUUAAAAAGGAAACAACUCCACGCUCCAAAUCAUAAGUUCUACGAACAGUACUAUGUUGAUCAAGCCANUCAGCAGAAAGCAAUUUGAAACCAUCGAAGUCAAUAUAAAGCGAGACACAGGGGAAUCUGUGCCAUUUGAGUUUGGAAGAGUGUUGUUAACACUUCAUUUUCGUCAGAGUCAACCUCAGUACUUUUAAAAAGGAAACAACUCCACGCUCCAAAUCAUAAGUUCUACGAACAGUACUAUGUUGAUCAAGCCAAGCAAAAAGGUGGGAAUUUACCCGCAUUUCACAGAGCUCGACUUCAGCGAGGGUACGGCUUAGGUUCCAUAUUUAAAGGUCUGUUCCGCUGGGCGAUGCCUCACCUGCAAUGAGGUGCUAAGGUGAUUGGAAAAAAAGCUUUGCAAACCGGGGUCAAUGUUGCGCAAGAUGUUCUUGAUGGAGAUAACAUUAAAAGGCAAUCAGCAAACAGGCUAAACAAGCCCUUGGUCUACCUUCCCAGAAUUCAUUGCAGGGACAACCAGGAGCUGGUAAAAAAGCUAUCAAAAGGAAAGCGCAAGGAGCCAAAAUCAGUUCACCUCUCGGCAAGAAAGCAAAAACAUCUCCGCAGCAAAAGAAGCGUCAAACCAUUUUUGACAAAGAAUAGAAUGCCCUUCGUUCAUCACGAGUCACGCGAGUGUACUUAAUCAGAGCUCGAUCUUUUUACUAUUCCUGCGACACAAACCUCUAUUCACAAAGGGCAAUGGAUUGAAUAUCACCCUCUCAGCAACAUCACGGACACUGGUCCUAUUGAAUUUAACGUAUCUGGAACCGGGGAAGAAUAUUUAGAUAUAGCGCGGACACAACUUUAUGUGAAAGCUAAGAUCACGAAAGCAAACGGAACUGCGUUAGAUGCCGAUACACAAGUAGGUCCCGUGAACCUGUUUUUGCAUUCCCUGUUUUCACAAGUAGACGUUUCCUUGAAUGAGCGACUUAUAUCUGCAUCCGCUAACACUUACCCCUAUCGUGCCAUGAUCGAAUCUUUGUUGAACUACGGGGAAGAAGCUAAAACAAGUCAACUUUCUAUGGCCAUGUUUUACAAAGAUACUGCCGGAAAGAUGAAUAUAGUGAACCCCUUGGCUGCAGACGAUGAAGCAAACCUUGGAUUAAAGGCUCGCUAUGAGUUUACCAAAGAGAGUCGUACGGUGGAUAUGAUGGGACCCAUUCACAGUGAUAUAUUCUUUCAAGACCGGUUGAUGCUCAAUGGAGUUAAUUUAAGAAUCAAACUGAACCGGGCUAAGAAUGUGUUUUGUCUUGUGUCCUCAGCAGCCGCAGCUAAUUUCAAAGUGAUUAUCACAGAAGCCAUCUUGUUUGUACGCAGAGUCAAGGUUGCCUUUUCUAUCAUUCUAGGCCAUGCAGCUGGGCUAAAACACUCCAGCGCCAAGUACCCCAUUCGCAGAAUCGACCGUAAAGUGCUCUCUAUUCCAAGAGGAUUUAGCAGUUUUAACCCUGACAACAUCUUUUUGGGUCCAAUUCCCAAGUGCAUAGUAUUGAAUUAG